AUGUUUUUCCCGACGUUACUACGGAGGGCAGCCGCUCUGCCCAAGUUCGACUUUGCGAGGAACCCGUACAAAGCAAAACGCACAUGGCCUCCAGACUUUACAAAACUCUCGCAGAAGCAUCAGUUCCGCCUCGAACGCCGGUACCGUAGGAGGGCAAAGCUGAAGUGGGCAAGACCGACAUGGACAAAGUUCGUCAAGCUGUCCACCUGGGCUACUAUCUCGUUCGUCGUUGUCUAUGGUCUACUGUUCAUGGACAUUGAGGAAGGCACCGUCUUUGGCACUAUCCGAGACUUCUACGAGAGAACAACCAACGACAUGUUCGGCACAGCUAGACGAGCUCCUCCUAUCAAGCCUCGUGCUACCACCGAACAAGAUCAGUCCGCGUCAUGA